AUGCCUAAGAAAAAUACAAAACAUGUUCAAGAAAAAUAUGAGACAAAUCAAGUUGGACCAAUAACAGUCGAUAAAUUUGGUGAUAUUGUUAUAAAAAUAAAUGCCAAACCUGGAGCUAAAAAUAACAAUAUAACAGGUACAAGUAAUGAAUGUAUUUUCAUAUUUUAACAUGUUGGAACCUUUUUAAAGUAAAGUCUUAUAAAACUUUUAUUCCUAUAAUAUCCAUAUUAAACAAUAUAGGUGUAUAAAAAAAAUAAUUUAAAAUAUAUUGUUGAAGGAACUGUUUUUAUAAAAGUAAUUAGGGCAUCAACACUAGUGAUUGGCACUAACUCAGUCUGGCAUUUUUUUUUUCUUCAUGUUACAGAUAAGGUGCCUCUAUAUAUGUAGUAUUGUAUAAUAUUAUCAAUUUAAUUAAAGAACCUAAACUGCCAUUUAGUUACACACAUAAUGGUAUAAGGUAUAAGCACACUUAACAAGAUAGAUAUUUGGAUUACUUUGAUAUUUUGUAAAGUUUUAUUAAUUUGUGAAUUGACUAAUGUGGUCGUCUUUAUAUCGGAUUUCAUAAAUAGGUUGGUAGUUCAUUAAUAGAAUUAAUUAUCAACGAUUUGUACCAAAUUUCUAUUCACUUUAUCACACAUAUUAUUUUCACCCGAUAUAUGGUAUAAACUACUAAACACUGCUAGAAUACUAAAACCCAGUCUGACUACAUUUAAUUUGUGUCAUUUUAUUUUAUUUACCUAGAUAUCUUAGUGUAUCUUAGUGUACUAUAAUAUUUAAUUAAUCACAGUAUACAAAAAUACAAUAAUAAGACUAAAAUAUUUACCAAUACUUUAUUAUUUUAUGAAGUGGUGUCAUUGAACAUUCCCUUCUCUCAAGCAUACAUGUCGUCCAUUCUACUCUUAGUUAUCACAAAUGACUUAUUGUAUUAUUAAGAAUACAGAUUGUAAAUAUUAAUUUAAAUUAAUAAAAUAAAAACAUGAUUAUUUAGGUAUCGAAGUAUUUUUUUUUGCAUAAUAUUUUCUCCUGAUAAAAUAAAAACAUGUUUUUUUAUAACUAAAAUGGUUAUAUUUGUAUGUAUAUAAGUAUACUAUAUUUUUUUAAGUCAAGAAGACUAAAAAAACACCAAAGUUUUGUUUAGAACUCAUAUUGUUUGAUAAAAUUUUACAUCAGUUAUCAACCUAAUACAACCUCAUUUGUCACUUAUUACAACUAGUAGGUGUAUUGUGGGAAUAUUCUCAUCCACUCUCGCAGUUAGAAUGAUAUUGUGAGCUAAAAACUCAAUUCCUCUAAACAACAGAAACAAUACCAUAAGUCUACUGGAAUCAUACACUUGGGCUUUUCACUAAUAGGAGUUCUAGAUCUUGGGUUUGUUAAACCUCCAUGCAUCACCUCCACUGAGGUGGGGAUUAUUUGAAUGUUAAAAACAAUCUAUCUCACAAUAUUGUGUUAAAAUUAAAUCCAACUUUUAUGACUUAUGUCCGUCUAUAAAAUAACCAAGUUUGAACAUAUUUUUGGUCCUGAAGGAGCUGCUGGAAGUGUCUAAGAUUAACAGGAAAAAUAUACAUUAUGUACUUGUUUCCAAAUAUUGAUAUUUCUCAAAUUUGAAUUUAUUAUUAUUUUAAAGAUAUAAGUUCUGAUGGUGUUGGUGUUCAAAUAAAUGCACCCCCAACUGAUGGUGAAGCUAAUGCAGAAUUAAUAAAAUAUCUUUCAAAAGUAUUGGGUCUGAGAAAAAGUGACUUAACAUUAGAUCGGGUAAGUUUAUUAGAUUAAAGUAUCACAAUUAAAUCUAUUUUGAAAAAGUUAUCAUUAUUUAAUUUAAAAUUUGAACAAUUUUUUUUUUAUAUAUUAAUUUUAUUUAAAAUACUUUAAAUGUUCAAACAUCAAAUAUGUCUAACAUAAUUUAUUUGCAAGCAAGUUAGGUACCUACCCUAUCAGUUGUAUAUAUUUAUGCUAAGUUUAAAAUCUUUAAAAUUUGAUUUUUGUAUGUAUAUUUUAGGGAUCAAGAUCAAGAAGCAAAACUGUAACUAUACAUAAAACAUCAUUAUGCAUAGAAGGUGUCACUGAGAAAUUUAACCAAGAAAUUCGAGAAAAUCACUAGUGGAAUAUUUCUUAACUUAACAUUGAUGUUAAAUGUGUACAAAUUCAUUUAAUACCUUUAGGUAACAUUUUAAUAUUUGUUAACAACUGUUAAUGUUUUGAGACCUAAUUAAUAUUAUUUUAACUUAUUAAAUGGAUAUCUAUGUAAUUUUAGUUUUCUUUAGAUUUUGAGUGAACCAAGUAAUGUCUUGGAUUUACUAUGACGUGUUUUUUUCUGUCUGUAAAUAACUUUUCUACCAGAAAUCUUGCUCGGAUUUCAAGUGUAGCAUCAUUUUGGAAAGGAAACAG